AUGCGCUACGGUGGACACCCCGCCCACCCUAGCGGUGACGUGCCGGCAUCGGAGCGCUGUCGUUUCAACGUUAAAAAGACCAAAAAACUCAGGAGACGAUCUCCUCUGGCGCACUGUGAGCCAGUAACACUUGUGACUUUUCCCGUUGUGGGGCAGCCACCAGCACCAGGCCUAAUACCAAUAUUAGCGGACGUGACCACAGCGGCCAAGCCACACCUAAACACCAGAGAAUUUCAAGAAUUCGAGGAACUCGUGGCUGAGUGCGCGGAUAUCUUUGCGAAGGACAACGACGAUUAUGGAAGGACAAAUAAAGUAUAUCACCACAUGGGCACGGGAGAAGCCCGACCAAUUCGACAGCCACCGAGGAGGGUACCCCUGGCAAAACUAGCAGAAGUAAAUGAGAUGCUUGAUAACAUGCGAGGACAGGGGUUAUAUAAGAAUCGGACAGCCCUUGAUGGUUCUCUGUCGUUUUUGGUGACAAGCCGGGAGCAGCCGUCGCCGCUAGAGGGGCUUGGAACAUCCUCUGGGACAUCGUUUCAACGCACCGAACUACGGCUUUCCGAACACGCCCCACUCUUCAAUUUCCAAACAGCUGAAGAGAAACGACUGACAGAAGAAAUUAAAAAGACGGAAAGAAAAAUCCGCAACAGGAUAUCUGCAGGGGAGUCACAAAGGAGAAAGCAGGAAUAUAUAGAUGGAUUGGAAGAGAGGGUAAAGCAUUGCACUGAGGAGAAUCUGCACCUAGUAAAACGUGUGGAAGCUCUGCAGACAGAAAUCCAAACACUAGCAGCAAGGGUGAAAGAACUCGAGGCUCUGUUGUCCCAUGGAGCAACAAACACAGCACAAAUUUUAAGCCUGAAUCAGAGCUUGUCUCCCAACUGUGAUGGCCAGAAGGAUCAAGACCUCUCACAGCCAGAAAACAAAAUGGCACCUCUUGCAGGUCAUUCAAGAAACUUGCUAGAAUUCCCUGAGUCUAGGGUCUCAGAAGAUGGGACUUUCAGCAGUUCCAAUCAAGAUGAUGCAGCCAUGUUCAUAUCUGAUAUGGCUGAACUUCUGCAGUUCAACAAUCCCCUGGUGGGUGACUGUGAUUAUGAGCCACCAACCAAGCGUUCUUAUACAGAAGAAAAACCAAAGGAUAUCAUGUCAUCACUGCUGUAUGCAGGUAUAAACUACAUUGUACCACCAGCAGAUGAAAUCUGGCCACCUCCAGCACCUGAAGAUGGUCAUAUCAGCAACACACUUGAGGGCUACUGGGAGAGAUAUCUUCUUCUUUAAUUACAUCUUCCCAUGAAUCAUAACUUAAUAUCUUAUUAAAAUCAGCAAUUGAAACCUCAUUUAUUUCCCAUAUAUAGCAAUAACUUUUUUUAUGUUUUUGUUUAAAUAUAUUAUGUAUUAUUAGGUUCUGGGCAUCAUGAUCAGAAAGACUAUUUAUGAUGCGAUAUACUGUAGACCCCCUCCUUGGUGUCUCCACCUUAUCGUGGUGAGGGGGUUUGAGUAUGCCAAGGACCCUGAGAGCUAUA